CCAGAGGCCGGUGGCCGAGCACAGCCUGAGCCACGUGGAGGUGGAGAUAGAGAUGUCUCCUCCGGGCUGCAAGAAGCCUGGUUUUUGUGAGACCGGCAUUAUAAGGAGGACGGUGAAGUACUCUGAGACAGACCUGGACACCGUGCCGCUGAGGUGCUACCGCGAAACCAACAUCGAUGACAUCCUGGCUGAGAAGGACGAGGUAGACUCGGCUAUUGAGAGCCAGAAGGACAGCGAGAGCAACCCAAGUUUUGCGGGCACACCGGGGAGGAGGGACAGCACGCCGGAGGAGCCCCCUGCCCAGGCCACCACCGAGCAACAGGGCGAGGGUGUGACUGUGCGGGACGGCGAGGUGGAUGAGGAUGACGAGGUGUUUGAAGCGACGAGGCAGAGCGGGCAAAGCUCAAGGCUUCCCUGCCAGUCUCCAGUGCCCUUUCUGCUAGGGCACAGCCUCUCCAAGGAUGGCAUGGACUCUUUCAGCAAGCAUUUUGAGAGCAUCAUGGAGUCCCAUCGAGCCAAAGGCACAUCUUACACCAGCCUGGACUCCAUCGACAUCCUUUCCUCCCCAGCCCGCACUCAUGGGACCGUUUUUACCUUCGACCUCCCAACCCUCACUCCAGAAGUACAGGGACAGAUCCGAGACAGCGCCAAGCUGAUCAAAGAGAACUUUGCUCCUCUGGCUCACUUGGAGCCAGACUCUGGGACCAGUUCAGCCACAGAUGCUCCAUGGACUGCGAGGGAGGAGCGAGGGAGGCGAGGGAAGGGUGUUCAGCACAGCCCUUGCCGCUCGGGGGACAGCACUCCCUUGGCCUCCAACAUGAGCAACCACCCCCUGAGCCAGCUGGUUUCUGACUCAGACUCGGAGAUGGACAGCAUGGAGCAGCUUGCCCUGGGCAGCACGGACACCCUUUCCAAUGGGCACAAGGCUGACCUGGAGGCUGCCAAACGCCUUGCCAAGAGGCUCUACAAUCUGGAUGGAUUUAAAAAAGCAGAUGUGGCCCGCCACUUGGGGAAGAACAAUGAGUUCAGCAAAAUGGUGGCAGGGGAAUAUCUGAAGUUCUUCGUAUUCACAGGGAUGAGUCUGGACCAGGCUCUCAGGUCCUUUCUAAAGGAACUGGCCUUGAUGGGAGAGACACAAGAGCGAGAGCGAGUGCUGGCUCAUUUUUCCCAACGUUAUUAUGAGUGUAAUCCCAAUGCCAUCUCUUCUGAGGACGGAGCUCACACACUGACCUGUGCCCUGAUGCUGCUCAACACAGAUCUUCACGGACACAAUAUCGGGAAGAGAAUGUCCUGCUCCGACUUCAUUGGCAACUUGGAGGGGCUCAACGGAGGCAGUGACUUCCCCAAGGAGCUGCUCAAGACGCUGUACGGCUCUAUCAAGAACGAGAAGCUGCAAUGGGCCAUAGACGAAGAGGAGCUGAGAAAGUCCCUCUCAGAGCUGGCUGACCCCAAUCCCAAGUCCAUCAAACGCAUCAGCAGCUGCAGUAACCCCUUCCUUGACUUCUCGCAAGACCCUAACAUUGCUACCUACAAGCACGGGCUGCUAGUGCGCAAGAUCCACGCAGAUCCCGACUGCAAGAAGACGCCCCGUGGCAAGCGUGGCUGGAAGCCGUUCCACGCCAUCCUGAAGGGGAUGAUUCUCUACCUGCAGAAGGAGGAGUAUAAACCAGGAAAAGCGCUGGCAGAAGAGGAGCUGAAGAAUGCUAUUAGCAUCCACCACUCGCUUGCCACGCGGGCAUCCGACUACAACAAGAGACCCAAUGUCUUCUACCUCAGGACAGCUGACUGGAGAGUCUUCCUCUUCCAAGCACAGAACCCUGAACAGAUGCACUCCUGGAUCACCCGCAUCAAUGUGGUGGCAGCGAUGUUCUCCGCACCCCCGUUCCCCGCAGCCAUCGGCUCCCAGAAGAAGUUCAGCCGCCCACUGCUGCCCAGCUCCUGCACCAGGCUGUCCCAGGAUGAGCAGGUGAAGAGCCAUGAGACCAAGUUCAAGACGAUGUCAGCAGAGCUGGUGGAGCACCGCUCCUCCCUGCCAGAGAAGAAGGUGAAGGGCAAGGAGUACGAGGAGCUGAAGCAGAAAGAGGAGUACCUGGAGUUUGAGAAAUCCCGCUACGGCACCUACGCCAUGCUGCUGCGGGCCAAGCUGAAGGCCGGCUCGGAGGACCUGGCAGCGUUUGAGUCCACGCUCUUCGAUGCAGCGGGCAGUGAGGACGAUGGCCUGAAAAAGUCCCGCUCCAGUCCCUCUCUCAACGUGGAGGCCCCCAGCGCAGGCACCAAGGUCAAGCGCAACAUCUCGGAGCGCGCCAGCCGCCAGCCCCCCGGCCACCCCCACAAAUCGUAAGCGAGGGGCAUCGGCCGCCCGCGCUGCAGCUCCGUUCCUGCCACCAGGUGCUGGGGUGGACACCGAGUGCCCGCUGAGAGCCUGCAUGAGUCCAUCCUCUUGAGGCACACAACACGGGGCAUGAGCGCCC